AUGGAGGAUCAGAGUUCAGAAAAUACUCCGCACCAAAGAAAGACUUUCGGAGAUUUAGCACGCUCGUUUACGGCAAAUCGCACGAAUCUGGACCGAAUUGACAUCGCGGACCCCCUACGUGGUGUAUCGAAUCCGGACAUUCGAGAUGACAUGAAACAGCUGUUUCCUAUCUCGCAAAGCUCCGAGAUCAAUCAGGAAGAAUGGGACAAAGCGAUCAUUCUUGCCAAAUUGGGUUCUCGAUCUCCCCCACUAGGUCGCUUCACGCAGGAAGAGUUGGACAGUUUGAAAGCCGAGCAGGAGCAAGUAUUCUUUCAAUCUGGAAUCCUCCCCGUCAUCCUUACGGUUGCUCUGGCGGCCUUUCUUCAAGGGCAUGUGCAAUCGUCCAUCAACGCCGGGUCGCUUUUUGAAUCGCUCCUGAAGCUAGACGCUGGCAGCAAUGAAAAUGAGAUUGGAACUCGGAAGAAAGACUGGGAAAUUGGGGGAAUGAAUGCCAGCCCUUUCCUGGCUGCUGCGAUUAUCGGGGCCCCAAUAUCACUUCCAACGAACUACUACAUUGGCAGACGCGGCGCGUUGAUUGUAUCCGCCUUGCUGAUCAUUGCGAGCUCUGUAUCGUCGGCCUUUUGUCAGGACUGGAUUCAGCUUCUUGGUGUUAGAAUUAUUGGCGGAGUGGGCAUGGGGAUUAAAGCCGUCAGCGCACCUAUCCUAGCUGCAGAAACUGCGACGGGAUAUUGGAGGGGAUCGAUAUUGAUAACCUGGCAGUUGUGGGUCGCCUGCGGUAUCAUGAUAGGCUUCGUGGCCAACUUAGUGAUCGGAAAAGCUACGAACGUCCUCUUUCUCAAGCAGAACGAUAUUGAAACGAGCGACAGCAACCACUGGCUGGCCCUUCAACUCAUCCUCGGCGCUCCUUUGGUCGCAAGUGUGGCUCUUCUCAUCUCAGUGUAUUUCUGCUACGAAAGUUCGCGAUUUUAUAUGAGAGAAGAAUCGCCGAACUUUGAUCCAAACCAGGCUCUGAAAAUCUUGUUAAGAAUCAGAAAAUCCAAACUUCAAGCCUUGAGAGAUAUAAUUCUCAUACGCUGGUCAGAAAAAUUGAAGAGAUUAUCUGAGUCCAACGGAUCGGCGGGUGAAUCUUGUAGCCCAGAACAAGGGCUGACAUACGCCUCCCAGCUCCGAGUAGUCCUCCGUUUAUCAUUAACUCAGUACCGCACACUUUUCAAGACACGCAGGCUAAGAAACGCUGUUUGGAGUACUUCAACAGUUGCAUUGGCCCAACAACUUUGCGGAAUCAACGUAUUUGCCUUUUACUCCAAUGUGGUUUUCAAUGGGACAGACUCGACGAUCGAUAAGCCUAUGCUCUAUAGCUUUGGCUUUGGAGCAAUAAACUUCUUGUUCUGCCUUCCGGCAAUGCGUACAAUAGAUACGUUUGGUCGGAGAACAUGGUUGCUUGCCACUUUACCAAUCAUGGGUAUACUUCUAGCCGGAGCUGCCGGAGCCUUCCCACUUGAUGAUAGCACUGUGGUUUCGCCGCGUGUGGCUGCAGGAAUAUCAUUGAUAUUAAUUUUUGUUGCUGUGUAUUCUCCUGGAUUAGGUCCUAUACCAUUCACCUUGGCAUCUGAAAGUUUCCCUCUUUCUCAUAGAGAGGCCGGCGCUUCAGCAGCAAUAGCAACUAAUCUAUUCUUCGCCGGAAUUCUCACGAUCAUCAUCCCCGCGAUGAAGCAGGCAUUCAAAACACCCGGCUUGCUCGGAUUCUUCGCUGGAAUGAACUUCGUUGCGCUCAUCCUCGUUUUCUUCAUCGUUGAGGAGACUCGAAUGUUCAGUCUCGAGGAAUUGGACGAGGUCUAUAAUCAACCGAAGAGCAAGUUCGCCAAGUAUCAGCUAUCCGAGAUACUUCCGUAUUUUGUCAAGCGAUAUCUCUUCUUCCAAAGCAGCACUAAACCUCCUCUCAGAUAUGAUGAGUGGAUAGCUCGUGAGCAAGACAUUCCACUGGAGGGCCUUGAUGCUACACGCUGA